CCAAUCUUAAAAAACCCAAGAACCAAAACUCCGCCUCUUUCAAAAUCCCCCCAUUUCUCUCUCAAAAUCCCUCCAUCUCUCUCUCUCUCUCUCUCUCUAAAAAUAUUUUUUUUUUCUAAGACCAUAUGUCUUUACCCUCACUAAUAUUCAUGGCUCCGGACGAGACAACCUCACAGGAAGCAGCCGCCGCCGCCGCCAAGCCAGAAUCAGCCGCGACAAAAACAAGAGGAAGAAAGCCCUCAAACAAAGCUCCGAACAGCAAGAAGCAGCCGCAAAGAGGGCUCGGCGUUGCUCAGCUCGAGCGGCUCAGGCUCCAAGAACACCGCAAGAAGAUUACCGAAAUUCCCCACCUCCACCCCUUUAAUUUCCUUCCCGACCACUUCCAUUUCCCCGCCGCCGCCGCAGAACCGCUGGAGAGCGUUCCGGUGCAGUACGGCGCUGGGGGCUACGGGGGUGCCCAUCGUCUGAUGGCCGCCGUUCAACAGCAGCGGAUGGGUACUAGUGCUGGGUUUGGUUGCGGGUCCCACUAUCACUAUCACCAGGGGGUUAAUAACGUUGGCUCAUCAGGAGGCGGUCAUCACGUGGUGAUGAUGCAGCAGCCGGCGCAGGACCAGGUUAACCAUAUGAAGAAGAGAUUCAAUGGUGACCAGAUGAAUGGAGGGACAAGAGAGAUAUUACAAAUGGGUGGUUUGAUGAACUUCUUUGGUCAUGGUCCAAACUCUUGCACUACAGAAAAUGUGUUAUCAAACUCAGCCGGAGAGUUAAGUCUUGGUUUCGGUACUACUCCCCAAGCAACCACAAGUUCAAUUAACAUUCCCCAAAAUAUUAUUAAUCAUGAUCAUGAGGGAGUGGAAGUUGUGGCGGUUCAUAGGAAGGGAAACCCAAGUGUUAAUGGAGAAAAUGUGUUCAUGGAAUAUGAGUUUUUCCCAGGCAAAAACGACAAUAUUACUAGUAUUGGAUCAUCAGGCACUACUUCCAAGAUGAUGCAGAUAUUGCCUAAAGAAUUUUCAUCUUUGGGUCAUGGGGAAGAAGCUUCUUAUUAUGCCAAUGCCAUUACUACAGCCACUAAUAGUACUACUUAUGGGGCAGACACUUUUAAUCCUCUUGAUUUGUCUCUCAAGCUUUAAUAUGAU